AUGCCAGGUUCACGUUUCAUGCCCUGGUCUCAAAGACGAAUAAUCUCUUGCAAGGGAUACAUGAUGACUCGGCUGUUAGAUCACCCCCCCUGUUUAGGCGCAAUGGAGCAACAAAUUCCUGAGACGGAGAUUAAUCUUGUUCAUCAAUUCAAGCAUCAAGAUGUAUCAGAGAGAUUUAAGUUCGAACUCUGGCAGAAAAGGGAUUCAAUUGCGGCCUUGAUCAGGCAUCACCUCCAACUACAUGCAGGUGAUACCUGCAUAGUCCUCCCACAUGAGAAAUGGAUCCACGGUUGCUUCAAUGUUUGCGUUCAGGCCCAAGUAACUGCGGGAAACUCGACCAAGAAGUUCAUCUUUCGCUGUCCCAUCCCUCCUCAUGCCGGGCAACAGUAUUCUGGAAUAAUUGACGAGAAGGUUGGCUGUGAAGUGGCAACAUAUAUAUGGAUGCAGCAACACUGCCCCGAGAUUCGCAUUCCAGACCUCUUUGCCUUUGGCUUCACAGAUAAUAGCUCUUUCAUACACAUCCAGCAGACCUCAAUUUUUACCGGUCUCUGGCGCAAGGCCUGGAAAUGUAUCUAUCAGUGCCUACGUUACCCAGUUCUCUCUGACUAUGUCCGCGACAAAGCUGCUCCAGCUGUGGGUACCGCAUAUAUGCUGUUGGAGUACAUUGGUCCCGAGACAGGGGAAAUGCUGUCAUUGACCUGGUUCGAUCACUGGUCAGAUACGGCACGACGGAAGAAUUUGUUCGCCGGGAUGUCCCGCAUUAUGCUCUCGCUCGCACGUGUUCCACAACAGAAAAUCGGAUCGUUCAGAUUCAAUACACUGGACUGCACUAUAGCACUCUCAAACCGACCCCUCAUGUGCAGUUUGGCUAUUUUCGAGCAACAAGGAACACCGAGGACAAUCCGACAAGACCAAGUCUACCAAAACACAGACAGUUUCGUAUCUGACAUGUUAACACUACAUGACAACCAUCUAAUACACAACCCGCAUGCUGUGAGAGACGAGGAGGAUGCAGAAGAGCGGAUCACCCUUCGGACAUUACUUCGUGUACUUGCGCAUUUCUUCGUCUGCCGGGAGCGACGGAGCGGCCCCUAUCUUUUACAGUUGACCGACUUUCAUCAAAGUAAUAUCUUUGUGGACAAGGAGUGGAACGUUACUUGUAUGAUCGAUCUUGAAUGGAUCUGUGCGUUGCCGGUGGAGAUGAUGCGUGUUCCCUUCUGGCUCACGAACCGUAGGUUUGAGAGAAUAGUCGAUCACUAUGAGGACUUUGACGAUGCGAGAAAGGAAUUUCUGUCAAGUAUGGAUCAGGAACUGGAACAUGUGGAGGUGGAACACGACAUUCAAAUCACACGGACAAUGAGACAAUCAUGGGAUUCCAAAGGAGUGUGGUAUUGGGCCUGCAUAGAGUCUACCAAUGGU